UGGGGCAGCCAGAGCGCAGGCCCCCGAGCCCCGGAGGGCGCCCCCGGGCCCCCGCGCGCGCCCCGGCCUCUGGGAGACUGGCGCAUGCCACGGAGCGCCCCUCGGGCCGCCGCCGCUCCUGCCCGGGCGCCUGCUGCUGCUGCUGUCGCCUGCGCCUGCUGCCCCAACUCGGCGCCCGACUUCUUCAUGGUGUGCGGAGGUCAUGUUCGCUCCUUAGCCGGCAAACGACUUUUCUCCUCGCCUCCUCGCCCCGCAUGUUCAGGACCAAACGAUCUGCGCUCGUCCGGCGUCUCUGGAGGAGCCGUGCGCCCGGCGGCGAGGACGAGGAGGAGGGCGCGGGGGGAGGCGGAGGAGGAGGCGAGCUGCGGGGAGAAGGGGCGACGGACGGCCGGGCGCAUGGGGCCGGUGGCGGCGGCUCGGGCAGGGCUGGCUGCUGCCUGGGCAAGGCGGUCCGAGGUGCCAAAGGUCACCACCAUCCCCACCCCCCAGCCACGGGCGCCGGCGCGGCCGGGGGCGCCGAGGCGGAUCUGAAGGCGCUCACGCACUCAGUGCUUAAGAAACUGAAGGAACGGCAGUUGGAGCUGCUGCUCCAGGCCGUGGAGUCCCGCGGCGGUACGCGCACCGCGUGCCUCCUGCUGCCCGGCCGCCUGGACUGCAGGCUGGGCCUGGGGGCGCCCGCCGGCUCGCAGCCCGCGCAGCCGCCCUCGUCCUACUCGCUCCCCCUCCUGCUGUGCAAAGUGUUCAGGUGGCCGGAUCUCAGGCAUUCCUCGGAAGUCAAGAGGCUGUGUUGCUGUGAAUCUUACGGGAAGAUCAACCCCGAGCUGGUGUGCUGCAAUCCCCAUCACCUUAGCCGACUCUGCGAACUAGAGUCUCCCCCUCCUCCUUACUCCAGAUACCCGAUGGAUUUUCUCAAACCAACUGCAGACUGUCCAGAUGCUGUGCCUUCCUCCGCUGAAACAGGGGGAACGAAUUAUCUGGCCCCUGGGGGGCUUUCAGAUUCCCAACUUCUUCUAGAGCCUGGGGAUCGGUCACACUGGUGCGUGGUGGCAUACUGGGAGGAGAAGACGAGAGUGGGGAGGCUCUACUGUGUCCAGGAGCCCUCCCUGGAUAUCUUCUAUGAUCUACCUCAGGGGAAUGGCUUUUGCCUCGGACAGCUCAAUUCGGACAACAAGAGUCAGCUGGUGCAGAAGGUGCGGAGCAAAAUCGGCUGCGGCAUCCAGCUCACGCGGGAGGUGGACGGCGUGUGGGUGUACAACCGCAGCACUUACCCCAUCUUCAUCAAGUCGGCCACACUGGACAACCCGGACUCCAGGACGCUGCUGGUGCACAAAGUGUUCCCCGGCUUCUCCAUCAAGGCGUUUGACUACGAGAAAGCGUACAGCCUGCGGCGGCCCAACGACCACGAGUUCAUGCAGCAGCCGUGGACGGGCUUCACCGUGCAGAUCAGCUUCGUGAAGGGCUGGGGUCAGUGCUACACCCGCCAGUUUAUCAGCAGCUGCCCGUGCUGGCUGGAGGUCAUCUUCAACAGCCGGUAGCCCCGCGGGGGGACGAUGGGGCGGGAGCCGAGCCGGCCCAGCCCAAACUACUUUGCUGCUACUACGUUUCCUCCCGAGUGCUUGCUUUUCAUGCAGACUCCUUGGUCAUCGUGCGUUGUUGUUGUUUUUCUCCCCGCCCCCCUUCUUGUUGUUCUUGUUUAUGUUCUGUUUUGUUCUUUGAGAAAUAGCUUAUGAAAAGAAUUGUCGGGGGGUUUUUUUGGGGGGGGGUGGUGGUGGCGGGGUAUGGCUGGCAGAAGACCCCAGUAGGAAAAGCGGAAGCAAGAAUCCGUACCACCAAACAUACAAGGAUGGGGAGCAGGCCCUCACUUUGGGGUCCUCGAUUCCCUUGUCAGGGCGGAUGUGAGGGCGAGUGCGCGUGUGUUUCUUACGGGGCUGUCUCUGCGGGGAGGUCUGUGCUCCAGGCGCUGUCUCUCCUGCCCUUUGGACCUGCUCAGCGGGCAGAGGCAGCACCUGGGCAAGCUGGCAAGCCGGUAGCUGGGGUUCCAACAGCUGCCAGAAGCCAGGCUCUGUCCCGCUCCCCCCACCCCGCUUCUCCCCUCCCCUUCUAGGACAGGGGCCUGUCUGCAGGCUUCUUAGAAGCAACGCUGCAAAGAGGCUGAACCAGAACCAGCUGUUCCAUGCUUGUCUUCCUCCCCGUCCAGCCACCCUGCUGUCCUUGUCGCGUCUUUCUUUUUUGGCCAUCUGCUCCUGGAUAUCUCUGAGAUGGGCUUCCCGAGGGCUGCCCGGCCUCCCCGGCCUCCCCGGGGCAGUAUUGCCCACCCAGGGCCCCUCCCAAGCCCCUCAGCCUCUCCCCUCCCCUGGUCACAUCAGGUUCCCCUCCCCUCCCCUUCCCCCACCCCACCCUUGCCCCGGACUCAGAAAACCAGCUCAGCACUUUCCUCCCCUCUGCCGCCUAUGUGUUGAGCUCUGCUGUUAGACCAGCGAGGGGAGCAGCCCUGGGAGGGAGACUCCUCGGCAGCCCCCCUUCCCACCAAGAAGGAUUCGGUCCAUCAUAACCCAAGGUACCGCCCUGGGCUGACACCUAACUCUUUCAUUUCUUCUACAACUCAUACACUCGUAUGAUACGUUGACACUGCUCUUAGCUCAAUGAGCAUGUUUAGACUUUAACAUAAGCUAUUUUUCUAACUACAAAGGUUUAAAUGAACAAGAGAAGCAUUCUCAUUGGAAAUUUAGCAUUGUAGUGCUUUGAGAGAGAAAGGACUCCUGGAAAAAAAAAAAAAACCUGAGAUUUAUUAAAGAAAAAAUGUAUUUUAUGUUAUAUAUAAAUAUAUUAUUACUUGUAAAUAUAAAGACGUUUUAUAAGCAUCAUUAUUUAUGUAUUGUGCAAUGUGUAUAAACAAGAAAAAUAAAGAAAAGAUGCACUUUGCUUUAAUAUAAAUGCAAAUAACAAAUGCCAAAUUAAAAAAGAUAAACACGAGAUUGGUGUUUUUUUCUAUGGGUGUUAUCACCUGGCUGAAUGUUUUUCUAAAGGAGUUUAUGUUCCAUUAAACAAUUUUUAA